ACAUACCGGGGCCGAAUACAAGAUCGCUAUGUACAUGACGGACUCAUCUUUCAUCCGACAUGACGAUUAGACAUGGUAUAGAUAUAUUUAGAGCUGAUAAUGUAGAAAUGGUUAAACGAUCAUGAACGUCGCACAGCACGAUGAUCAGCCUGUGGAUGUUGUCACGGUGCAGACGUCUGCGGCUACUAGUCGAAUCAGCCGCUCUAGGACUCCAUCCGCGGAUUCCAGCACCAUCUAUGCAACUUCCCCUCUUAUUCUCAUGGUUUCCAAUGGUUGAAGUUUUUCGAAGUUUUACCAUCCCGCACGUCCUUCAGCGUCGGAGUUGGUCAUACCACUAUAAAAAGCAGCAGAGUGGUAUUUGCCUAUUGUUCAAGCUCAAACUAAGAUGUCGAUCCUCACAAUCCCGAAGUCUGCAGAUGCCCUCUUCCUGCGACCCAUCGUGAUAGCGAUGAACAGCUUCGUCCUGACAUCCCUUUUGUCCUUUGUCAUGUCAGCCAAUGGAAAGUUUGACUGGAGACCGAUAACCAUCUGUGUGACAUCGGAUAUCCUUGCCAUCGGCGCUGACCAUCUUAAGGACCAAGAGGAGGAAUUCUCAUCUCAUCGCAAGAACCCAAACGACCGACCCCUUACCUCUUGGUUUGUAUAUGCACGAAUCUUCCUCGCCUUCAGUGCUGUGUUCCUUGCGCUGGCACUAUUUCUAUGCCCAAUUUCGACUCUCCUUGCCACGACAGGGUUUGUAGCUCCUGCUUUGCUCUGGACUACUCCGAUCAACUUCAAGAGGUUCAGACUGAUUUUGAACCGCCUAAUCGGGAUCUCUGGUGAAGAUGAGCAUCAUCCUGCUACAUCUGCAUCUGCUCUUGUUAUCAAACGAAUCCCUGGCAUGAAAGCUAUUUUUAAUGGUAUCAUUCGAGGAUGUGGCACCUACAUAGUUGUCCUCACCGUGCUGUCGGGAUCGGGAAGUCUGGCUGACGCCCUGCCAUCUCCAUGGAGUACCGUUCAACUACUAGUCUGGUCGACCGUCAACCGCACAUGCCAUGCAGUCAUGACUGAUGUUCGUGAUUUCGAAGACGACCUAAAGGCCGGCGUCCCUACCAUACCCAUCCUUAUCGGAUCCGUCCUCAAGACGAAACUCGUGUUGACAGCUUGUCACAUGCUUGUUAUGUUGGCUUUCAUCGAAAAUCCAUACAUCACGGCGAGCUGCCUAUAUGCCACAGCUCUGGUGUGGAUGCUGGGUGUACACUCGCCCAAAAAGGCUUUUCUGUUGAGCACUCAUUCACAGUCCUUCUCUAUUAUUUGGUACUUCUUGACGAAGCACACUUAACUCCUUGGGCGUCUGAUAAAUCUUUUGUUGUUCAUCUUGAUAUUCAUACCAUAGAAGCGUUCCUGGGUUGAAUGCAGAGGGUUAUUGUGGAGAGACUCAUCGAUGGUGGAUACCUAGACGCGGUUACAUACCCCAUAAUUAUAAUUGCUGACGC